AUGUGGCUGGCUUACUCUUGCACUAAAAAUAUCUGGCCUUCUCCUCCUUUUUCUCUUCUCUCCUCCUUUUUCUCUUCUCUCCUCCUUUUUCUCUUCUCUCCUCCUUUUUCUCUUCUCUCCUCCUUUUUCUCUUCUCUCCUCCUUUUUCUCUUCUCUCCUCCUUUUUCUCUUCUCUCCUCCUUUUUCUCUUCUCUCCUCCUUUUUCUCUUCUCUCCUCCUUUUUCUCUUCUCUCCUCCUUUUUCUCUUCUCUCCUCCUUUUUCUCUUCUCUCCUCCUUUUCUCUUCUCUCCUCCUUUUCUCUUCUCUCCUCCUUUUCUCUUCUCUCCUCCUUUUCUCUUUUCUCCUUUUUCUCUCCUCCUUUUUCUCUUCUCUCCUCCUUUUCUCUUCUCUCCUCCUUUUUCUCUUCUCUCCUCCUUUUCUCUUCUCUCCCUCCCAUUUUCUUUUCUCUCAUUUUUUAGUGGGAUUAAAAGUGGCAUCCAUUUUUCUCCCUUUUCUCUUCCUCCUUUUUUCUCUUCUCUCCUCCUUUUCUCUUCUCUCCUCCUUUUUCUCUUCUCUCCUUUUUCUCUUCUCUCCUCCUUUCUCUAUUUCUCCUCCUUUUCUUUCUCUCCUCCUUUUCUCCCAUAUUUUGACCAUCUUCUAGUAUCCUUUUUCUCUUCUCUCCUCCUUUUUUCUCUCCUGAUUUUCUCUUCUCUAUCUACAUCCUCCUUUUUUCUUCUCUCCUCCUUUUUGUUCUUCAUCUCUAUCCUCCUCCUUUUCAUUUUAUAUCUAUCUAUCUCUAUAGAGAUGAAUCUAGUUGAUUUUCAUCUAUUUCUCUAUCCUUUUAUCUCUAUAUCUAUCUUCUCUCCUCCUUUUCAUUCUCUAUAUCUAUCUAUUUUAUCUAUCUAUCCUAUAUCUAUCUAUCUCAUUUCUAUCUUCUCUCCUAUCCUUUAUCUAUCUAUCUCUAUAUCCUUUCUAUCUCUAUCUCUCCUCUAUUUCUCUAUCUAUCCUCCUUUUUCUCAUGAAUCUAUCUCUAUAUCUAUCUAUCUCUAUAUUUGA